AUGCUCAGGGCAAGGCGGACUCCAGCCGUUUCCGAGCCGCCCACCUCUUGCGGCGGCUCCAUGGGGCCGCAGGAGCCGGCGCAGAACGGGGCCGCCGCCGUGUCCCCGGCAGCGCUGGAGAAGCUGAAGCAGCGGGCGGCUGAGUGCAUCGAGCUGAGCGCCGGGCGGCUGAGCGCCCUGAGCCGGGAGAUCUGGAGCCGCCCCGAGCUGGCCUACGAAGAGCACCAGGCGCACGGCGCCAUGACCCGCUUCUUCUCCUGCGCCGAGCUGCCGGGGGCCGCCUGGGCCGUGCAGCCGCACUACAAGCUGGACACGGCUUUCCGGGCCGAGUGGGGCCCCGCCGCCCCGGCCCCGCGGCCGCUGCACUUGGGCUUUCUGUGCGAGUACGAUGCGCUGCCCGGGAUCGGACACGCCUGCGGCCAUAACCUCAUCGCCGAGGUGGGGGCGGCCGCGGCCCUGGGCGUGAAGGACGCCCUGGAGAGUCUGCCCCAGCCGCUCCCCGCCGCGGUGAAGAUCACGGUGCUGGGAACUCCUGCAGAAGAAGGUGGAGGCGGCAAAAUAGAUCUCAUAGCAGCUGGUGCUUUUGAUGAUCUGGAUGUUGUUUUUAUGGCCCAUCCAGCACAAAGUGAUGCCGCUUAUUUACCUGAUGUGGCUGAGCAUGAUGUGACUGUGAAAUACUAUGGAAAAGCUUCUCAUGCUGCUGCUUAUCCUUGGGAAGGAGUAAAUGCAUUAGACGCUGCUGUUCUUGCAUACAACAAUAUAUCAGUUUUAAGACAGCAAAUGAAACCAACCUGGAGAGUUCAUGGUAUAAUAAAAAAUGGUGGCGUGAAACCUAAUAUCAUCCCUUCUUACACUGAGCUAGAGUUUUACUUGCGUGCCCCUUCACUGAAGGACCUCACCGUUCUGACAGAGAAAGCUGAAAAUUCCUUCAAAGCUGCAGCUGUGGCCACAGAAUGCAAAGUGGAAAUCAAAGGUGGAAGGCAUGACUACUACAAUGUGCUUCAGAACAAGAGCCUGCAGAAAACUUACAUAGAGAAUGGAAAAGAGCUUGGAAUGGAAUUCCUUGCAGAUGAGUCUUUUUUGAAUGGUCCAUCAGGUUCCACUGACUUUGGGAAUGUUACGUAUGUGAUUCCUGGGAUUCAUCCCUAUUUUUACAUUGGCUCAGAUGCAUUGAACCAUACUGAGCCAUACACUGCAGCUUCAGGGUCUCAAGAAGCACAGUUCUACACUCUACGUGCAGCAAAAGCUUUGGCAAUGACUGCACUAGAUGUUAUCUUCAAGCCAGAUCUGUUGGAAAAAGUCAGAGAAGACUUCAGACAAACUACUCUAAAAGAGAAAGGCCACUUAAAUGUAAUGGAACAAGGCAAAGAAUCUGGCACAGCGGCAGCGUGUGCAACACGUUAAACAAAACUAAAACCUAAAUACUUCCAUGUUAACGGAAUA